UUAGAGAGAGACAGAGAGAGACGGCUUCAAGGGUCCAAGCAGCCGUUUGAGAAGUGCCUCUUUGAACUCGUUUCCAUAGUCUCUCUCUCUCUCUCUCUCUCUCUCUCUCUCUCUCACAGAGAACAACUCUCAGCUCAUCCUUCGUAAUCUUCCUUUGGAGAAAGCAUCACCCAGACUCGUUCUUAGGGAAUAGGGCCCCGUUUUCUCACCCAAAGAUGGAUUUUUUCGUUAGUAUUUUGUGAUAUAGAGCCGAAAAAUCCGCGAUUCCGCUUUUGUUCCGCUUGAGUAUCACCAAUUCGCGUAGAAAAGGGAACCUUUAUUACAAAAUCUCUGUCGGUUUUCUCAAACCUGUAUUAUUUGGGCAUUUCUGGUGUAUUUUUUCUCGUUUUUAUGUUAUUGUUCCCUCAGAAUUUCUUCUACUGUCUGUUUUAGGUAGAAUUUCUAUUUGCUUCUCCUUUUUAAUGAAUCCGUUUGAGAACCAGCUCUUAUUUCUUGGCUACGAAAUUUGUUAAAGUUUUCAAUCUCGAACUUCGGCGUGCCAUAAGAAACGCUUUCUGGCGUUGCCUCGAAUCGAAUUUUUCGAGGUCUCGAGCUUGAAAUCUUGUUAUUUUCUCAAUUAUAACCGAGAAUCUCGGCUCCAAAUCUCUUCUUUCCAUUUCUCCAGCUGGGUGAUCUACUGAAUCUUUUGGUGUGAUCUCAUACUUCGUCCCUCUUCCCUAGCAAAUUCUCCUAGGAGUUGAUCUCGAUUCUAUUUGACAUCCCUAUAUCAAAAUCUUCUCCUCAACUUCGGCCAAGAAACAUCUUUCGAUCUCAUUUGGCCAAAUUUGUCCAACUAUUCUCAACCACUUUCAAAAUCUUUAUAUAGAAUAAUUUUUCCGGCUUUAGUUGUCUUCCUCCCUAGUAAUUUCCAUGGGCAACGGAUUGACUUGCAUACCAAAGGAUGAGAGAGGUGGCGUCGGGUCACGGAGCAAGAGGACCUCAAACUCGAGGUCACAGAGGAAGAUGGUCUCUGAAGAGGAGCUGUUGCACCGCCAGGCCCUGGCGAUGGCAAUCCAGCAGCACCAGCUAUCGCAGCGGUUCAAUGGCUCAAUGUCCCGGAGGAUUGGGUCCGCAAGCUCUCGGCGGUGGGACCUCCCUGAUUCAAUCACAAAUGGGAAACAGGUCCCUGUUUCGCUCGAGAAUCUUGAAACAAAGAAAAUUGUUCUAGUACAUGGGGAAGGAUUUGGAGCUUGGUGCUGGUAUAAGACCAUUUCUUUGUUGGAGGAGGCAGGACUGCAUCCUGUUGCUCUGGAUCUCACAGGGUCUGGGAUAGACCACACAGAUACAAACAGCAUAACAACUUUGGCAGACUACGCAAAGCCGUUAAUUAAUUACCUGCAAGAUCUUCCUGAGAAUGAUAAGGUUAUUUUGGUUGGCCAUAGCUGUGGAGGUGCAAGCAUAUCAUAUGCACUAGAACGUUUCUCCAAAAAGAUCACAAAAGCAGUAUUUCUUAGCGCCACGAUGGUACUGGAUGGACAAAGACCUUUUGAUGUAUUUUCAGGAGAACUAGCAUCUGCUGAUGUUUUCUUGCAAGAGUCACAGUUUCUAGUCUAUAGCAAUGGAAGAGACAAGGCUCCUACUGGCCUUGUGUUGGACAAACAACAAAUUAAAUGUCUAUACUUCAACCAGAGUCCUUCCAAGUUUACAUUACGAUUUUUGAAAAUCAUCAUCAUUCAUUCUGAAGGCCAGAGGUGCCAUCAGGUGCAGGUCGAUUACUAACCACAAGGUCCUUGUGCAAAAAUUUGUUGGCACCUGACUGCUUGUAAGUUGUUAAACCUGCUUCUUGUCAACGUUUAACCUGUUCAGUAUGUAGAUAAAUGCAGUAGCUCUAAAAGCCAACUCUAGGUUUGAGGGACUGCAAGAUGUUUAUUGAGCAUUGACUGAUUGUAAAUAUACUAAGAUCAUUCUUUAAGGUAAUGUAGUGAAAUAUUUAGUACAAGAAUGCUGAAUCAAUAAUUGCUGUGAUGUUCAUUAUAUUAACUGUGACUUCAAGCACCAAGGCAUCAAUGUGGGCAUGAAAGAGGUGGCUAGCCAAGGACAAACAGAGAAAUCUGGUAGUGAGAGAGUAACUGUACAGCGAAUCCAUUUUGAUCAAGCAUAGGAAAAUAAAUAUCACCAGUACACCCAAUAGAUUAUUCCCUUGAAGCUACAGGACUAAUGAUAAAAUGAUGCAACAAAGAAGAAAGGAUGCACUAACAUAAGCUUUCUUGUAAUAUUUGGUUAGCUUCUGAUUCAUAUGCUGCAGUCUAAAAGCCAAAUGUCAUUGCACUGGGUACAACAUCUCUACCCAAACUGAAAUUGCACAAUUCGUUCCAAGGAAUAAAGUACUCUGUGAUGUCCCCAUGCCAAACCAUUCUGAUCACAUGCCCAACCAUGUGCAAAGGCUUAUGGCAAUGAAAAUGGGUCCAUGCCAGCCUGUAUUGGUGCAUGCCAGUGCAUGCCACUGACUGAUCCACAAUCCAGCAAAGGCUAUAUAGGGGUAUAUGACCCUGUACCUAUGCUGGUACCUUAAUGGCAAAAACACAUUCCGUGUGGUAUCACCCAACCUGGUACAGUACCUCAAUCUAUGAUUUGUGCACCAUACAAGCUGAGAUGCAUAACUCAGAUGAAGAAUGCUUAUUAUUACUAAAGCCUUAAUUUCUUCUUUUUAUUCCAAUUUAUACAGCAAUCAUCAUUAAAUUAUUUUAUGCACCUAUAUUAAUUUAUAUAUGCAUGACAGCCGAGUUAACUGUAGUUUCUUAAAUUUAAAGAAGCUCUGUUUCAUGAUGUCACUGUGGAAAAUCGCAGAUGACUAGCUGAAAUCAUCAUCUGCAUGGCUAACUCUAGAUGGCUUUUAAUGUUUUAAUAGUUUUCAGUUUAAUGGAUGUGACUUAU